AUGGCAGUGCCUGAUUUGUCGCCUUCCACGGUGGAUUUCUUGGCGCAGCACGGCAUCCACGUGGUGGCCAUCGAUCCCUUGGGCGCACGCGUCUCGGGCCUCGACCUCCGAGCCGCGCCGCCUAGCCCUGAGGUGCUCGGCGCCUUGGAGGCAGAGAUGGCAAGUCGUGGUUUCCUGGUCUUCACGGAUCAAGGGAUUUUGAGUGGCGACGAACAGGUGCACUGCAGCGAGUUUUGGGGCGCACGAGAGAUGCACAGCACCCAUGGAGUUCAUCCUAGGGCGCCCAAUCGACACAUCUUUCGCCUUAGCAACGAUAGCUCAGUGGGGAUCACUGGAGUUGGACCACAGUGGCAUAAUGAUGGCUCCUUUGAAAGCAGCAUCUUCUCACAUGUGGGAUAUCAUAUCAUUCGAGUCCCGGAACAAGGAGGUGAUACUCAAUUUGUACAUCAAGGAGCAGCAUUUGAUGCACUGCCCAAGGAGAAACAGGAAUAUUGGUCUCGAUUGGUGACGAUUAAUGCCACCUCUGGAGUCUUACAUCCGAUGGUUCAGGAUCAUCCCAUCUCUGGUCGACGCUCUGUCUACCUUCAUCUGGGAAUGACCGGUGGCAUCUUUGAGAAAACUGACGACUUGAACGACUUGCGUCUCUUGGAACACGACGAACUUCUGGAUGUCUUCCGCAGUUACAACGCGCUUUUGAAUGCUGGCUUAGUGGAAAAUGGUGGACGCUAUGGUAUGAGCUAUCCCUAUAAACAAGGUGAUUGUAUCUUCAUUGACAACUGGGCCAUUGCCCAUCGAGCUUCCCCUGAAGCCCAUCUGGAUCAGUCGAAACAAGGCCUGCGCAUUUUGCAUCGCACCACCGUGAAGUCGCCACGACCGGGACCGUUGCCGCCCAAAACGUGGCAACUUCCCACGGUGGUGACCCAAAAUCUGCUGAUGUCGGCGGAUCGCGGGGAAGGAGUUUUUGUGGCCGGUGGCCUGGGAUUCCGAUGGGAUCCAGAUAUUCAUAUGCAAAAUUAAGAGAAAAUAGAAGAAACAAAAGAAACACAGUUCGAACAGAAUUUGAAGAGAUUUGAAGAGAUUGAACAGAUCUCAGCAGCUCCAAAGUGAGCUCUCUGAUUUAGGCAUUUUAGGAGACACUGGAGGACAAGUUCCGCAACAGUGUUUCGUGGAUG